AUGAGCAAGCCCUCUUUGACCAAUGAGCAACGAAGCCAAUUGAAAGAAAAAUUGCAACAGAAACUUGAUGAACGGCUUGAAUAUAUGACCAGGCAAGUCGAGGACACGAAAAGUAAGACGUUUCAAGAACUGGAGACAGUUGCCCGGAACCAAAAGGCGCAAUAUAUCAGCGGGGACAAGGCGGUUACUUUGAAGGAAGUCCUUGAAGCUGAAUUAAACCCUGAUUCAAAAAGCAAUGACCGCAGCUCCUAA